AAUAACUAUUAAUUCAAUGCAUCAAUCUCAAUUGUUCAAGUGUUCGAACGUUUUAUAGCUAACAAUAAAACAAUUCUUAUGUAUGUAUUGUUAUUGUUGUCCAAUUACUCCUAAACAUAACCUCCCAAGUUUUCGCAAUAGCUUUAGAUAUCAAGACGUCGAUAAAAUAGUUUUCAAUUGUAUGCUAUUAAUUUUACUAAUAUGAAUCUUUUAGUAAUUAAUAUUUUCAAACAACACUUUUAACAAACGUUCUCACGUAAAUGUUAGUUUAAACCAGAUGACAGUAAAAAAAUGGUGAAACAACCGUCACGUCACGAUGUCGCCACAAGUCGAAGUUUAGAUAAAUAGAAUGUGAUACCGGCAAUGCCGGCGCUAACCACGCCCGCUUAGAUGUGUAUAUGAUUGAUGUUGAAUUUUGUUUUGGUUCUACACAGUUUUAUAUUCGUCUCGCAUUUGCACUCACUCCUUCAUAAAUAUAAUAUUCUAUUCGAAUUUCGACUUCACUAAGCGUAAAUACUAAAUAUAAUGGAUAUCCCAUUGUCUGUAUGUUUUGUGUGCAAUAUCACAUGAUCGUAUAUAAAUUGAUGUAACUUUCGUAGGAUAAGACUUAUAAAUAUUAAUCAUGAGCAACAGGAGCAGUGACUAUGCUGGAGGGUGGCCAUGCCAUAUCAGUGAUGACAUACAAACUGAAUCUGAUGAAUUUCAUAAUUCAUCUGAAGAUUCAUCUUAUCACUCAUCGUCAGGAGAAACAACUGAUGAGUUGUGGGCCAAUAAAAAAUAUAUAUUUAUUUCUGUUUAUAAAACAAAAAAUUACAAAGAUGUCACAUUAAUAACAAAUUAUCGUGAACUUCGUAAUUACAGAGAUAAAUAUACAAAGCUGUUAAUAAAGAAUACUGAAAAUAUCAAGAGCAUUUGGAGUAAAGUCAAAGUAAAUAUUCCAAAACAAGGUAUUAUUCCAUUAAAGACAUAUAAAAAGGAAUUAUUAAAAGAUUUCAAAAUCAAAAAUGAAACAGUAAAAACAACCAUUACUGUAUUCAAACAAAAUGAAACUGUAGUUGAUAAAGCUAAAUUACCAAUUAUCACUAAAGAUCAAAAUUCAGAAACAUCAAUAAAAUCUUUAAAUGCACAACAAGUAACUAAUAAAGUUGUAAUGAAUGUUCCAAAUAAAAAUAUAAAAGAAAAGAAUUCUAAUCAAACAACCAAUAGCCAAGAAAAUAUUACAAGUAUAAAAAUCAAAAAUAAUGAAAACAUAUCUAAUCAGAAAAAAAUAGGUAAAACAGCAACCACGGCAGCAAAACCAGCUGAAGCAAACAAAAUUACCUUAGUAAAUGUCUCUACAAAAGUUAAUAAGCAAGAUAAAGGUGCAAAAGUUGAUAUAGUACAUGAUGUAACAAAAUUUGAAUCAGAUCAGAAAAAUAAAAUACAAUUAACAAACUCUACUGUUCAAUUAAAUCCAAAUAAUAAAACUGUAAAAAGUAAUUCCAGUGAACAGGAAUUCAAGAAACCUCAAAUCAAACCUGAUUCAAAAAAAAAGAAAAGUAGUAAAAAUAAUAUUAAAGAAAAUAUUUCUGAAAAUAUAUCAAAUAAAGGAAAAAAAAGGAGUUCAUAUUCCCAAAGUAGUGAAAAUAGUGACAUACAAAAAUAUUUCAGUUCAAUGAAUGAUCAUUCAACUUUGAAAGAGAAAUCUAAAAAUCAAAUUGAAGAAUCAUGUGAUCAUACAACAGAUAGUGACAAUGAAGAUGAGGAAAUUAUUGAUAAUAUGGAUGUAUUAACUGGAAAUUUAAAAGCUAUAAAUGAAAUGAUUAAACCUGUAAAAGAUAAAAAUAAAAGCAAAUUAGUUGAAAUUUCUAAGGUUGCAAAGCAAGAAAAUAGUGAAAAUAAUAAUACUAAAAAAAGUGUAGCUGUAUCACUCGAGAUAAAUAAGAUUGAUUCAUCAAUCUCUGAAAGAGAUUACAUUUUAUAUAGUGAAAAGUUUGCAGAAGAGUCUAUAAACAUGAUACUGGAUAACAAUCUAGAGGGAGGAUUAAAUUCUUUGGUUGAAGCUAUGCAAUUAAAUCCUACUGAUGAUCGUCAUUACUUAAAUCGAUGUUAUUGUUAUUUACGAUUGAAUAGACCUUCCUUAGCUUUAGCCGAUGCUCAUUAUGUGUUACAAACAAGUUCACAUUAUGAUCACAGAUUCAUUGCAUAUCUGCGAGCGGGUAAAGCUUCAAUGGCAUUGCAGAAAUAUACCCAGGCUGAAAAUUACUUUAAAAAUUCUCUUUCUAUAAAGUCGGAUAAUGUGUAUGCUCAGAGGGAGUACAUGCGAUCUAAAAUUUCUAAAAUUACAAGCCUUGGUUACACGGAAAAAAGUGCUGUUUUAGCUUUACGGAAAUAUUCGAAAACUCAACAAGCAAUUAAUUAUCUGGGAAAUUUAAAUAUUAUUAAUAAGAAAGAUAAAUCGGAUAAUAAUUACGAAUAUUUCGAUGACAUCGAGAAUUUGGAUGAUUUAAUUUAUUCGUCAGAUGAAGAUGAAAAACCAAAUUGUACUUCAUUAAUAAACAAUAUACUUAAUUAUGAACCCAUGUCAACUAAAAUGUUUCAUCUAUUGACAAAAUCUGUUAAUAAAACUAAAAAUGUAGACAAUUGUAUUAAGAAGAAUACUACAAGUCAUAAAACACGUACCGGUCAAAUUAUGAACAAAGCAAUAUGGGUUGGAAAUUUAACCAAAAAUAUCACUGAAACAGUGUUGAGAAAAAAAUUCAAACGAUAUGGAAAUGUAGUUUCGGUAUACUGUCCACCAAAUGAAGCAUAUGCCUUUGUUAAUUUCGAAAAAAGCGAGCAUGCGGUAAAUGUAUUGAAAAAUCCUUCUGCUUAUGAAAUAAACGGCCAUAAAUUGGUUAUUCGUCAUGGAAUACACAAAAAAUAUUUUAAUAUGAGAGGUAAAGGUGCUAGAUUUUUUGCAAAAAAACGAAAAUUAAAUUUAAAGAAAGAUAACGAAGCUGAAGAUCGUGUAAUUAAAAAUUUGGAGAAGAAACUCAAAUUUAACAAGAAGAAAAAGCAUGUACCAAAAUCUUUUAUAAAUGAUGGGUUGGAUUUUCUGUUGGAUAUAUGUGAUGAGGAUACGAGAAAAAUUGAAGCAGAAAGUGAGAAGCAACUAUUAAAAGAUGCCAAUUCUGAAUCUGAAGACAGUGACACACAAAGUAAUAUUAAAACCACAAAAAAAUUGAAUUUAAAAAAAAAUCGUACAAAUGUGAAAAAAUUGGACAAAGAAAGUAGAACAUUUGAUGUGCAUUCAAAUUCUGAUGUCAGUGAAUCUGAUAAUAACAGAGAUAUUGAAGAAAUUAAGAAAAGUAGUAAAUUGAAGUGCAAUUCAAAUAAGAAAUGCAAAUUUAAUAGCAUUGAUAGUAACGAUGAUGACUAUGACAGCUGUGAAGAAACUGUACAGGAAAAAUCAAAAAUUAAAAAAAAUAAAAAACAAAAUAAAUCUAAAGUUGUUAAAAAAAAUAAAGUCAUUGAAUUAGCUAAAGGAAAAACGCCUGUUGAUGAAUUUUUUGACAAUGUUAGUGAUGGAUCUAUAGCUGAAGAUGGUUUCGAUGAUUUUGAUGAUUUUGACAAUGACAGAAACUUUAAUUCAGUUGAUUCGGAAAAUGACAAUGAAGCUAAAUCUAAAAAAGAUGAAACUUGGGAGGAUAUAUAUGGUAGAAAGAGGAAUAAACAAGGUGAAGUUAUUAUAGAAAAUAAGAAAUAUGUUGCUCCUGCAUUAAGACUUAAAGAGAAAAGUUCUGAACAAAAUGCAAAGUUGAAAUUACUGAAAAGACAAAUGAAAGGCCUUAUAAAUAGAUUAGCAGAAAGUAACAUGCAUACUAUCAUUUCUCAGCUGGAUACAUUAUACAUGUUAAAUAGUCGAAAUGAUAUGAAUGAAAUGCUUGCCACUUUGAUGAUUGAAUCUAUUGUUGCUCCUGUAAUGACUGCUGACAGAUUUGUAGCAGAACAUAUGAUGUGUAUUGCAAUAUUACAUGCAAAUAUUGGUACAGAAAUCGGAGCUCAUUUUAUAAUGGUUCUAAUAAGGCAAUUCAAUGAAAUGAUAGGUCACACACAGAGUGUAGAAAAUAAGGAACUUGAUAAUUUGGUCUCAAUGAUCUGUAAUUUAUACAACUUCAAGGUUUUUGGAUCAAAACUUAUUUAUCAAAUUUUGGAGAAACUUGCAGAAAAGUUUACCGAGAAAGAAAUAGAAGUAAUUUUGGUAAUACUAAAAUCAGCUGGGUUUGGACUAAGAAAAGAUGACCCUCUUGCUUUGAAAGCUUUAAUUUUGAGCUUACAACAAAAAGCUGCUACAAUGAAAUCAUCAAAUUCUCGAGUUCAAUUUAUGUUGGAUGUAUUACUUGCUAUUAAAAAUAAUAACAUGCAAAAAAUUCCACAGUAUGACCAAAGCCACAUUGAACAUUUAAAAAAAGUUAUAAAAAGCGUUAUCAGGAAAGGAAACAUUGUUUCACAAUUAAAUCUAUCUUUACAGGACUUGUUGAAUGCUGAUAAAAAUGGUAAAUGGUGGAUUGUUGGCUCAGCUUGGUCAGGCAAAGAAGUAGAUAAUAAAUCCAAAAUAUCUGAGGAAAUUAAACCAGCUUAUAGUCAAAAAAUUUUGGAUUUAGCAAAAGCUCAAAGAAUGAAUACAGAUGUGAGAAAAAAUAUAUUUUGUAUCCUCAUGACUGCUGAAGAUUUUCUAGAUGCAUUUGAGAAACUACAUCACCUCGGACUAAAAGAACGGCAAGAAAGGGAAAUAGUUUAUGUCAUUUUUGAUUGCUGUUUGCAAGAAAGUACUUUCAAUCCUUAUUAUGCUGUACUUUUAUUGAAAUUUUGUGAAUUCGAAAGGAAAUAUCAAAUGACUAUCCAAUAUACUUUAUGGGAUAAGUUAAAAAUACUGAAUACUUACACUUCUAAACAAAUAAUGAAUAUGGCUGGUUUAGUGUCCUACUUACUUAUUCAAAAAGGCUUACCUCUUUCAGUAUUAAAGGUAAUUGAACUUGGAGAGUUAAACAAACCAACAAUGAAACUUUUAAAAAAAAUAAUGUUGGACUUAUUACUUCAUGAAAAUGGUGAAACAUGUCUUCAAGUCUUCCAGAAAAUAGCAUCAUCCAAACAAUUGGGUCAAUUUAAAGAGGCUCUAAGACUCUUCAUCAAUUAUUUCUUACUAAAAAAUCUUAAAAAAGACUCAUUGACAGAUAAAAAAAUGCAAUUGUUAGAAAGAAGAAUUGAGCUAGUUGAUAGGCUAUUAAGUGCACAAGACUCGAAGUUACAGCGUUUCAGGAGAUCAUUGCGCUCUGAUCGGUUUGGGACCGCUUAGCCCGCAAAGUUCGUGCGCCAGCAGCGGCAGUGAAGGUCGUUUGGAUGAGGCUUCUGCUAGGCCGCUAUCUACAGGAAUGAGAGAUGUACCAGCAUGGUUAAAGACACUACGUCUGCACAAGUACAGCUACCUGUUUACCAACUUGUCGUAUGAGGAUAUGCUUGAUUUAACCGAGGAGAAGCUUGCCGAGCAAGGAGUAACCAAGGGUGCACGUCAUAAGCUC